UGCCCGCCCCCCCUUGUAUCCAAGGCCCUGUGGGGUCUGGGGCAGCGGCGCCAGGCCCAACCCCUGCUCACCCUCCCUGCAUUUCCACCUCUCCAGCAGCCGCCUGUGACAGCUUCCCUGCCUGCUCCUCCCCCUAGGCUGCUCUGCCCCCAGCAGCUGGGAGCCUGAGACAGAGGCCAGAUGACACCCCACCUCUCCUUGGGCCUUGGACUGUCUCCCAUCUCCCUGGGAGAAAGUCAGGGCCUCCCUCAGCCCCACAAGGUCCAGGUUAUGGCGCCUUCGGCCUCAUUCCACCCACACCUCCCAGCCUCCCUUCCCUCACUCCGUCUGCCCCAGCCACACGACUCCCUUCUCCCCUUGUCCCUCAGUGCUGCUGGUCUUCAACUGUGGCAGCCAGACCCCUGCCCCAGGACCUUUGCACUGGCUGUGCCCUCUGGCUAGAUACACUGUGUGGCUACAUAGCACCUUCCCCAAGCCCUACCAUCCCUCCCUGUCCUCUUCCCUGCCUUGUUUUAAUCCAUACCCCAUCACCUCCAGCACACUUUAUUGUUUACUUCCUUGUGCAGCCCCUUUAGAACGUGAGCUCCACAAGGACAGGGCGUUUUCUGUCCUGCUCAGUGCUCUAGGCCAGGUCUGCCUGGGUUGCCUGCCUCCCCAGCCUUGUGUGUCCUAUUGGGACCCCGGAAGCCACCUCCAGACAGAGCCGUGUUUCUUGGGGACCAGGUCUGCAGCGACCGCAGCAGGGGAAGAAGCAGCGCCUGAGCCCCCGAGCCCACUGACUGCAGCUGCAUCCCGGCCCGGCACCCCUCGGCCACACCAUGUCCGGCUCCUACGAUGAGGCCUCGCUGGCUCCGGAGGAGACCACAGACAGCUUCUGGGAGGUGGGGAACUACAAGCGCACGGUGAAGCGCAUUGACGACGGCCACCGCCUGUGCAACGACCUGAUGAGCUGCGUGCAGGAGCGCGCCAAGAUCGAGAAGGCGUACGCGCAGCAGCUCACCGACUGGGCCAAGCGCUGGCGCCAGCUCAUCGAGAAAGGCCCGCAGUACGGCAGCCUGGAGCGGGCCUGGGGCGCCAUCAUGACAGAGGCGGAUAAGGUGAGCGAGCUGCACCAGGAGGUGAAGAACAGCCUGCUGAGUGAGGACCUGGAGAAGGUCAAGAACUGGCAGAAGGACGCCUACCACAAGCAGAUCAUGGGCGGCUUCAAGGAGACCAAGGAGGCCGAGGACGGCUUCCGAAAGGCCCAGAAGCCCUGGGCCAAGAAGAUGAAGGAGCUGGAGGCAGCCAAGAAGGCGUACCACCUGGCCUGCAAGGAGGAGAAGCUGGCCCUGACGAGGGAGAUGAACAGCAAGGGCGAGCAGUCGGUCACGCCGGAGCAGCAGAAGAAGCUGCAGGACAAAGUGGACAAAUGCAAACAGGAUGUGCAGAAGACUCAGGAGAAGUACGAGAAGGUGCUGGACGACGUGGGCAAGAACACGCCCCAGUACAUGGAGAGCAUGGAGCAGGUGUUUGAGCAGUGCCAGCAGUUUGAGGAAAAGCGGCUGGUCUUCCUCAAGGAGGUCCUGCUGGACAUCAAGCGUCACCUCAACCUGGCGGAGAACAGCAGCUACAUGCAUGUGUACCGCGAGCUGGAGCAGGCCAUCCGCGGGGCCGACGCCCAGGAGGACCUCCGAUGGUUCCGAAGCACCAGCGGCCCCGGCAUGCCCAUGAACUGGCCCCAGUUCGAGGAGUGGAACCCAGAUCUGCCCCACACCACCGCCAAGAAGGAAAAGCAGCCCAAGAAGGUGGAGGGGGCGGCGCUGAGCAACGCCGCCGGGGCGGUGGAGUGCACGUCCCAGGCGGGGGACCGCGGCAGCGUCAGCAGCUACGACAGAGGUCAGCCUUACGCCACAGAGUGGUCGGACGACGAGAGCGGAAACCCGUUUGGGGGCAAUGAGGCCAACGGAGGCGCCAACCCCUUCGAAGACGACGCCAAGGGGGUCCGAGUGCGAGCGCUGUACGACUAUGACGGCCAGGAACAGGAUGAGCUCAGCUUCAAGGCCGGAGAUGAGCUCACCAAGCUGGGCGAAGAGGACGAGCAGGGCUGGUGCCGCGGGCGGCUGGACAGCGGCCAGCUGGGCCUCUACCCCGCCAACUACGUGGAGGCCAUCUAGUCCCCCCGCCGGCCACGCCUCCCUCCUUCCACCGCUCCGGUCCCUCCCCUCUCCUCUCCCUCCCUUGCCAUAGAGUUCCAGACAUAUUUUCCGAUCAAGCUUUUAUUUUUUUAAGAGUCAAAAAAUAUAAGACAGAACAUUUGCAGGGCCACCUGGAGGCCAGGGUGGUGGAACUUGGGAUGAUGGCCCUAGGGUGGCCAAGGGUCUUAGGACUUAGUCCAGCAUCACAUCUGCUCUUCAGAGUCCACCAAAGAGUGUCCUGGGCCCCGAGGGAUAUCUGGACCUGUCUCCCCUGUCUCACUGUCCCCUAUCUGCCCCGCCCACUGCAUAUGCCAGCACCACCCUGUUCUCUGAGCCUGGCUUCCUAACCUCUUCCUCCUCCUCUCCCCGAGAAGGGAGCCCCUGAUCUUUAGUCUUCCACUCUGCCCCAGUACCUUCUUCUCCUAGCCCCAUCCCUUGGGACUGGUGGGGCCGGAGGAGGAAGGGUCACCCUCCUUUCCUGUAGAGAUUUCCAGGGGCUCCUAGGCUUCCCCAGACAUGAAGAGGGGUGAGCUGGACCAGGGGGGCAUCAUUGCAUGCAGGACAGGGAGUGCGAGGGCAGCAGGCCCUCAGCGAAGACUGUACCAGGCCCACCUGUGCAACAAGACCCUUCUUCCCAGCUACCCCCACCUGGGCAGAGCCCCUCAGAGCCACAGCCCUCGGCCGCUUGCAGAGACCCUCCCCCGUCUCAAGACCUUUGGCCCAGGGCGGGGGGCUCCCAAACCCAGGGCAAAGCCAGCAACAGUAGCAGCCUCCUCCCAUUUCCUGGGGAGGAGGGCAUCUUGCCCGGCCACCCAGCCUCUGGCCCUCCACAUCUACCCAUAACCAUAGAGUCAGGGGCUCUGAAUCCGCCUUGUGCCUGCAGGGCUCCCAGCCUAGCCAUCCCUCUCUCUUUUUCCUCUGGGGCCUGGGGAGGCCCCAGGAAGCCACCAGGGCAAAGCCUACAGUCAAGUGGAGCAGGAGAGAGCACCUCUGGCCUCGGGCAGAAUAGUCAUCAUGUCUCCUCCUGAUACCCCAGCCCCCUGAACAACAUUCCCCAGCUGGCAGCACUCCCAUCUCUCAAGCCUGGGUCCCAGUUAAAGGACUCGGGUGGGGUAGGAGGGGCAGAGACCAAUUUGCUUGGUGACAGCAGGAGUGCAGGUGCAGGUGCCAGGUUUGGGCCCUGCCAGUCCCAGGCCUCUGGAACAAAGACCCCUCUUGCUUCCCUCUGUGGCCUCUCGGGCUCCAGGUAAAGGCAGUGCGAGGCCCCGGCCCUCUGGCUCCCUGCUCCUGUUAGGGCUCCACCCUGUUCCUGUGGGCAUUGAGGAUGCUGACAGCUUUGGCAGGGGCCUGGGACAGGGCAGGCCUCGCUCAGGGCCAAGGGUGAUGGCACCCCAGGGACAGGCAUCCCCCAACUGCCAGCACCCUCUUACCAUUGCCUGGUCUCUGGGCCUGAAACGUGCCCAGGGCCCCGCAGAGCCCGGAGCUGCCCACUCCCAGGGCAAAAGCUCUCAGCACCCCGCAGAGGGGAGCAGGUCUGUGCCCCUCACCGCUCGCCUGCAGAGGUAGGAAGCUGGCUUACCUGCACCUUGGGGCCUGGGCUCCCCAUCUUUGUGCCAGCCUGGACCCAGGCCUGUCCCUCUCACCUUCUGGCUGCUUAGUGCUGGGCGGGGACUGGAGAACCCACCUCUUUGGAGCAGCCGUGCCCAUGGCUCCACACAGGACCGGCCCUGGGACCCGAGGCAAGUCCCCUGAGCUCGGGCCCCACCCCACCCGGCAGUGCUGGGGUCAGGGCCCCCGAGGCCCUGCCUGCCCCACGCAAUGCUGUGCCGGCCGACUAAGGGCUGGGCCAGUAAGGUGUCUGUCUCCGGCUAAGGACCAUUCUGUGGCUUGGCUCUGUGAGGCCGGGCUGCCCCGCUGCCGCCUGCCACCCUGGCCCCCUGACUCCAUUAGUUCUGACACUUGUGAACCUCCGAGAAGUGCUGUGGUGUCAGCAACGCACCUGUUUUGUACAUGAUUGUGUAAUUUAAAGGUAUAUAAAUACAAAUAUCUAUAUCUAUAAGUUGUGACUGUACGACUGUGGAUAAAAUCCAGAACUGUGUCAA